CAUCAACAAUAAUUUUUGUUGUACUAGAGUUAUUGUCUGACUCGUUUUAACACAUGUCGAAAGACAUAUUUAUUACUCUUUUACAAGCUAAAAGCUCAAGUGGAGCGAUCUAUGGGCUUCUUGCAGUUUACCAACACGACAAUGGCCGAAUUGUCCGUAUAGGAUAUUUUUUAUUGGCCCGUACGUCCCAACCUGCCAUGUCUUUGGUUUUAAAAAUGGCGUAUACAAGCUUUUUGUUUGCCGGUGUACGCUGUUGAAUACUUUCCAAGACCUCGCGCGUAUUCCUAUAAGACCUAAACGUCGUGAAUAUGAAAUUAAAGUACAUGUGUAGGUAUAUAAUCAACGCUGUGGACCCCGUGAACAAAAUUUUGUAGCGUUAUGGUGAAUUAGAAUGGUGCCUGUGGCUUGUCAAUCUCGCACGUCGUCAGGUUACCCGUUCGUAACGUAAAUAUCACACAGCGAGCGUUUUAUAUUUCAGAUAUGACAGCGUCGCAAAACAGUAGAUAAUGGAGAGUUCAGAAGAUGAUGCGGGCACAGCGACGAACGCUUCCCGCCGUGCAUCGGCGCGGGAAAAGGACGUCGGACUGGCCGAGGACGUCAAUGCAACUAGUAGUUUCCAGCAGGAACCAUCUGAAACGCGGACGGCUUGUGAUACUCCCGCGAUGUCGGAGGAUAAUUUCGACGGCGAUAGCGUACCGUCGCCGUCGGCGCAGGACGUCAACGCGAGCACCGAGGCGAUUUUGGAUAUGAUAGACGAAAUUGUUGACGGUCCGGGUGCGCCAAAGCGGGUACCUCUAGAAUCAGAAUCUGUAGAUACGCUUUUUGACGAACUCGAAAUCACCAGUGAACACUCGAAUAUCGUCGUACAAGAAUCAAGUAGCACUCUUUCGGACAACAUCACCGCACAUCCCGCAGAAGCAUCACCAGCCGACAGUGCCAAAAGCGAUUUACCGGUUCAGUUUGGCAUUGACUCUCAGACCGAAUCUUUAAGUGAUCUAUCACCAGGUGUUUUAAAUACAGACAGUGUUGACUCUUUACCACAAAGUUCAUCUCUGCCAGAGGCAGGUGAGCCUGCAGUGUCUACACAGCCUGAAGACAGUGCUCUGUCAGAUGUGGUACCCGAGGCAUCAGAAGCACCUGCUAGUUGCCCUCCACCCAAUAUUCCUUCCAGCAGUGAAGAAAAGACUGUGCUGAGCAUUACAGACUCUAGUGGUGAUUGUGAAACACAGGAACGAACAGUAAAGUGUGUGUCAUCCAGUGAUAACAGGGACAAUGUGACUGUCGAAAGUGCAGAAUCAACAUCUAGUGAUAGUAGUGUUAGUGAAGGUAAAGCAGUGUUUGUAGAAACGCCAGUUCGGUCACCACUCAAACGGCGUCUGGUACGGCCAGCACCCAGUGAACGACGGCCAGACUCUACAGUGUCCUCGACUGUUGAUUCCCAAAUUGUUCAUUUACCCGCUACUGAACAAACAAGUAGUGAAAAUAUCACCAAGGAUGUGACAAGUUCAUCUGAUGCUGUGCCCACAUUACAUGGUAACGUAAAACCAGAAGAGAUUAGAAAUGUAAGUGAUAAUAAUUUCUGCAAAGCAGAAACGUCUGUGAGUUCUCCUAAAAAAAUUAAGCUUAUUAGGCAAAAAGUUAUUUCUGGUACUAAUAAUAGAGAUAAUUCUAUUAAUCAGUCUGCUAUUCAAUCAGAUAAGGAUCAGUGUCAAUCAACUUCAUCUGAUAGCCAUUCAUUACCCUUGCCUGAGCCUCAUUCAGAAUCUUCAAAUAAUAUUAAUAUCUCACAAUCUCAAGACACCAAUGAACCAUUAAUUCCUGUUGUUAACUGCAUAUCUGAGUCGCCUGUUGAUAGUCCUGUACAAACAGCAAGCUCCGAUGAACAUUCCCAACCCAGAAUAGACCAUUCUCAUUCAUUAAAACUAGAAGAGAUUGAAAAACAUGAUAGUAAUGAACAGAUGUCGUCUGGUCAGUCCAGCUCAUGUUCACCAAAUUCUUCUGAAGCAACUCAACCUAUUGUUGAUGAUAAUAAUGAAGUUAACGAAACAAGUAGUAUAUCUGAACCAAACUCGGCUCCACCCCAAGCUGAAAUUAUACAAAAUGAUUUGAUCCCUGAUGAAAGCAAUGUUAAUUAUGAUGAUCAUGGGGAUGCUAAAGAUGUAGAAAGUGCUCAAAAUGAAGUAUUGCCUUCCUCACAAAGCAUACCUGCAUGCAUACAGAAUGUAGAGAGUUCUGAACCAGAAAGUAGCAAUAACUUAGCUCAAAAUCUUACAAUAACUCAGGAUUGUGUACAAAUUCAAGAUCAUACAGAUGACAAUCAUGACACAAAUGAGCAAAAUGAUAUGCAAGUAGAUGACCGUACACAAGUCCAAGAUCAAAAGGAACAGGAGGAUAGCAUGCAAGUGGAAGAGCACAUAGAAAGGCAAGAUCCUACACAAGCCGAAGACCAAACAAAACAGCAAGAUGAUAUGCAAGUGGAUGAGCAAACAGAAGAACAAGAUCUUUCAGAGGUUCAAGACCAAACACCACAGGAAGAUAGCAUGGAAGUGCAAGAUAACUCAAAAGAGGAUAAUCAUACCCAAGAGCAUGAUCAUACAGAAAUUAAAGAUCACACACAGGUGCAAGAUCAUACACAAGUGCAAGAUCAUGCACAACCGGAAGAUCAUAUACAAGUGCCAGAGCAUACAGAUGUGCAAGAUCUCACGCAAGUGCAAGAUCAUACAAAAUUAGAAGAUCACAUGCAAGUGCAAGAUCAUAAAAAACUAGAUGAUCACACAGAAGUGCAAGAUCUUACGAAAAUACAAGAUAACACGCAACUGCAAGAUCAUACACAAGUGCAAGCUCAUACACAAGUCCAAGAACACACUGAUGUACAGGAUCAUGUACAGGUGCAAGAUCAUACACAAGUACAAGAUCCUACACAAAAACAAGAUCAUACACAAUCGGAUCCUUCACAUGCGCAAGAUCGCAAGCAAGUGGAAGAUCACACAGAAGUGCAAGAUCAUAAACAACUUGAAGAUCACAUUGAAGUGCAUGAUCAUACACAAGUUCAAGAUCACACGCAAAUGCAAGAUCGACCGCAAGAGCAAGAUCAUACACAAGGGCAUGAUCAGACACUACAGCGUGAACACACGCCAGAGCCUGUUAGCAUACAAAGGCAUGAUCAGUUGCCCCAGCGCGGACACACGCCAGAGCCUGUUAGCAUACAAAGGCAUGAUCAGUUGCCCCAGCGCGGACACACGCCGGAGCCUGUUAGCAUAAAAGAGCAUGAUCAGACGCCACAGUGUGAACAAACGCCAGAGCCUGUUAGCAUACAAGGGCAUGAUCAGACGCCCCAGCAUGAACGCACGCCAGAGCCUGUUAGCAUACAAGUGCAAGAUAAUACCCAAAUGGAAGAACCUAAGCCAGUGCAAGAGGAUGAAAAGAAAGUUCCACCAAUCAAACUUAACUUAUCUAUGGCUAAUCUAUCUGAAUCUAACAAAGAGACAGAACACAGCAGUAUUAGUAGAACCAAUGCUAUCCAUGAAGAAUCUGAAGUAACCAAACAAGUCCCCAAAUUAACAAUCAAGUUAAAACAACCAGAUGAAAUUAAGUCACCUGUACCUAAAGUAACAAUAAAACCUAUCAAACCACCUGUUGAACAAGAUUCAGAUGACAACACUGAAGAUAGUCAUCAAGUACCUUGUGUUACUAAAAUAAAUAUCAAGCCUAUUCCCAAACCAACGGAAAAUCUUAAUGAAAAAACAUUAAGAUCACAACAUACGAUAGAGGGGUCCACUAGACCAAAUGCAAGCGUCACAAAGCUAAAUAUAAAACCAAUACCCAAACCUCCAGAAAAAAUAAAUGAUUUUCAUAGAAAAUCUAGUAGCAGUGAAAUUUCAGAAUCUGAAUAUUCUGAAAAUGAUGAAACCAGCACUUCAGACCAAGCAUCGACUUCUGAUCAAGGACCUUCUGAUGUUGUUCCAAAAGUAACAAUAAAACUAGGAAAGCCUGGCACUGAAAGUGAAGGUAAAUUUUAUACUGAAAAAAAUAUUCCAAAACUUACUAUAAAAGUUCAACAAGAUGAAAAUGAUGAGCAAGAACCUAAAUUAAAGAAAAUGGUAAUUAGUCAGUCAGAAGCAUCUUCUGACACACAACUUGACAAAAUACCUAAACUGACAAUAAAAACUAUCUCAAAAUCAGAAAGUCAGCCUCUUAGUCCAAAGUUGACUAUCAAACCAUUAAAACCACCAGAUACAACCAAUAAAGAUGGAGAAAUUCCUAAAAUGAAGAUAUCUACUGAAUCAUUUGCAUUAGCAGAUGUAAAGGAGAGUCCACAUGUGCCUAAAAUUACAAUUAAACCUGUAACAAGGUCUACAGCAAUGUGUGACAGCCCAGAACAUAUCCCUGUAGUAACAAAAUUGAAUAUUAAACCUAUUUUGAAACCUACAGACAGUGGAGAGACCCCUGAAAGCUUUGAAGAUAAAGUUCCUGUAGUUUCAAAAUUAAAUAUAAAACCUGUACUAAAGCCUAAAGAUAAUGAUGUAGAUUCUAGUGUAGAUGAUGUACCUAAAAUAACUAAAUUAAAUAUUAAACCAAUAAAGAAUCCUGAGGAAAAUUCUUCGGAGGAAAAAGACUGUGAUGAAUUGAAUGCUGACAUUGAAAAAAAUAGUAUACCUGUUGUUACUAAACUUAAUAUUAAGCCUAUAAUUAAGCCUCAUGAUGAAGAAACUCUAAAGGAUUCAGAAAACCAAUCAUCAGAGACUGGUAAUUCAAGUGAUGAUAAUGGAGACCACAUACCUGUUGUUACAAAACUAAACAUAAAACCAAUUGUAAAACCUGACAGCUCAGAUGAAUCUUCUAAAACUGUUUCGUCGAGUGAACCAAGCAUUCCUGUUAUUACUAAACUAAAUAUUAAACCAUUAAUAAAACCCGGAGACAGUAUCUCACCAUCAUCUCCUAAAAAGGAACACAAAAUAGAUGGCCAUAGCCCAAUACCAGUUGUUACUAAAUUAAAUAUUAAGCCUGUUGUAAGGCCUGAAGACUCGGAUUUAGCAAAAAGUAAGGAUGAUACUGUAGAUAAAACUCCUUCAAAAAAUCCUCCUCUUGUGAUGAAAAUCAACAUGAAAACCAUGACAGAAAAUUUCAAUAAUGAACAUGCAUCUUGUAACAACAUCAUCAAUGAACCAUUGCCUAUGUCUCCUAAAAAAGUAAAGGUAACCAAUGCAAUAGAAUCUAAAUCUGAAGCAGCCUCAGAAAAGAAUUCUAAAAGAAGUAGUGAACCAGUAAAUGAUAUACUGGCCCCAAUAAAGGACCAUUCUGGAGAAAAACCCAAACAAAACUGUGUACCUGACUCCAAUGAAAAGAAUGCAGUUGUUGACACAUCAUGUGUAAAUAAAUCAGCAUCAUCAGAAAAAGAAAAGCAUUCAUCAUCAGGGACAGGCAAUGAAUGUGAUUCUAUAAUUACAGGAUCCUCAUUUCCUGAGUCUAGUACAGAUAAAAUGCCUACUGUCAUGAAUGCAACUGGCCAAGAACACAAGCAUAUGAACUUAGGAUCCACUGACUCAAUAAGUGAGGCAAAUAUGAUGCAAACUAUUAGUAGACACCAAGAAUCAAGGAGUAGACAUUCAUCAGUGCAAAAUUGUACUUUGUUGAAAAAACUUUUAGAAAAUAAAUGUAGUUUAGAUAAAAACCUUGAAGUGUCUCCAAUAGUGAAUUAUGCUUUGCCUGCUGAAAAUAAAACCUUAAACAGUGAUCAUUUAGUUGAAUCAGGAAAGUCUAGCUUAGACAAAUUAAGUUCUGGAAAUCUAGAGAAAAUUGAGAAGAGAAGUGCUACUCCUGAUAAAGUAAAUGAUUUAAAAAAGUCUGUAGAUUCAAGUACACAUGCAAACCAAGAUCAUUGUGAUAAACCAAAUGAGAACCUUACCAAACCCUUAGAAAUUACCAUAUCUGAUAAGGUUACAAAUCAAAGUUCUGGCCAAGAUUCUCCAAGAAUAAUAUUAAAAAUUAAUAAGACUGAUCAUGGUCCCUCAGCAAAAAUUAUUACUGAAGAGGUGAAAAGGCCUGAUGUGCAACAAAACCUCUCUGAAAAUACUCAAGAUAUUGUAAAUGAUAAGCAAAGUCCGAAAAAAUAUGUAAAUAGUAGAAAGAAACAAGCAUUGGAUACAUCAUUGAAUUUAUCUUCAGGCAAGCGCUUAAGGAGUUCAAGGAUUGUAGAAAAUACAGAAAAGACGCCUAUAGCAAGGCGGAAUAUGGGCAAGAGGCCAUCCACGACGGAUACUAGCCCUCCUCAAAACAAAGAUUCUGACCUUUCCUUGUUACAAAGUAAAAGGUUAAAAUUAGGACAACUUUUGGGCAACAAGUCCCUUACAAUGAGUCCUGUUACAAAAACUUCUCCGCCCUCACCCACAAAGACUGGUUUAGAUUUAAAACAGGGAGGUAAAAAUGUCAAUCAUUCUCUGUUGAAUAAUGAGAAUUGUUCAAAGAAUGGUAACUCAAAAUUACAUAAUAUUUUGUCCAAUUUACAUGCAAAACAAAAUAUGCAAUCACUGUCUUAUAAUAAUACAAACUGUUUAGACAAACCACAAACCGUGGCUACUGAUAAAGAAGUGAAUGCUUCAGUGAGCAGCUUGGAUGCAGUUGAGACUGCUUCCGUAGAAAACUCGCAUCCGGAAGUACAAGAGAUGAUUAUAAAUGAAAAUUCAGAAUAUCGUGAAUUUACCACUACUCCUGAAGAGGUUUCUCAAGAUCCUUUAGAGGUAGCCAGGCCAGCUGAAGAAAGUCCAGAGAUUGUAGACAUUCCUAAAACAGUGGAACUGACACCGCAACCUAAAAAACGUGGACGGCCACGGAAGUUGCCAGUAUCUGAAGGAGCGAAACCCGUCGCAUUGCCGGUUCCAGCCUUAGAAGAGCGGCCGCAACGGUCAUUGCGCCUAAUGAGGGACAGACCGGCAAUCCUGACGAAGCCACGAGGACGGGGCAGAGGGCGAGGGGCACGACGUGUGGAAGCGACUACGCCGCCUACAGAACUCGAGACUAUAGUGGUUAUCGAGCCUGCUGACGAGCCGGAAGACCGACCACCCCCUGCCGAAAUCGACCCGACCAGUUCGAGAAUCAAGCUUCCGCGUAUGACGGAGGCACUCGACAAAAUGCCUUCAGCAUGCACAACACCUUUAUCAAGUAGACGACGGAAUUCGUCAGGGAAUUACUCGACUGGCGAAUCGCCUGAAUUGAAGGUGGCGCUUGAGAACUCGAAAGGCGAUGAGACCAUGAAGAGUCCUGAAGCUGGUAGUUCAGGGAGGGGUCGAGGUGGGCGGGGGAGCCGUGGCGGUCGGGGGAGGACACCACGUGGUCGAGGACGGGGGCGGGGAGGCGGCCGCGGCGCUACCUACAUGAAGGAAACUAUGGGCAUCUACGGGCGAGUGUGUGGGCCAGCUACGACGACAGUGCAGCUCUUCGAAGAAGAAACGUGUAUGAUGGACGAUAACGCCACUCCCGCUAAACCCACACAUUUAUUGGACGAAGAUUCUCAAAGUUCCGUGAAGAGUUCGACGAACGAAAGUAGUAAAAUGAAGAAAUCAAAAUUUGCUGAUUUGUUCGACAGUAAUAAGGUGUGGACGGCCGCGGAUGUAAAGGAAUACACGUGGCCCCCACCAGACAAGGCUGAUGUUGAACAUAAGGUAAUGAUGAUUCAGGAGCAAGUAGCGAUGUUCUUAGGAGUGAAAAGCUUCAAGCGGCGAUACCCGGAACUGAAGAGGCGGACUAUUUCUGGUGAGGAGAGGGACUACGUUCUUAGUAAAGGUCUCGUGACUGAAGCAUUGUGUGACCUUGGUAUCACUGCGGUAGACGCCAGUGAAGUAUUAGACAUUAUGUUAUCGGACUAUCCUCACAAAUAUGAAGAGUUUCGGUCGUACCAACGGCAACGGCAAUUGGCUGAGGCUGCUGAGGAACCAACCGAGGAUAUUAAAACCGAAGAAAAGGUGGUUAGGGUUGAAAUGAAAGCGGAGAAACCGGCUGAACAUAAACCUGAACCACCGAAAGUUGAUCCCGAAAAGACAAGACAGGACAUGGCGGCGGCAGCUAUAGCGUCAGCGAGCGAGUGGAACGCGCGGACGAACGCGUUGCGUCGCGGCGCGUGCGCCGACCUGCAGUCGCUGACGGUGCAGCGCGCGCGCGUGCCGCCCGCCGCCCCGCCGCGCCCCCACCUGCGCCCGCCCGCAGGGUUCUACCCGCACGCGCUACUGCCGGGGCAGUACCAGCACUCCUACAGGGUCUACACGCCUGAUCAACUACGGUACUUCCCAUUGAACACAGUACUAGCGGCGCCGCCGGCACCACCGUCAGAAGAAUGGAGUUCUGACUCAGAACCUGACUGGGGCUCAAGAUUCUCGUCAUCCGAGGAUUCUGACGGCCCUACACAUCAUUCUGCUAAGCGGAAGAAAUUGACGAAGACAAAGCGCAGCAGCCAGGCGGAGAGCCGUGACGUGAAGGAGUCGCGGGAGCCGCGCGAGGAGACGCGGCCCGAGGACCUGUGCCGCGUCUGCAAGCUGCGCCUCGAGGCCAACCGCCGCUACACGCACGAACGGUUCCUCGUCUGUGCCAACUGCAACGCCAAGCUGCACCCGUCGUGCCUGGAGCUGAGCGCGGACACGAUCCGCAAGUGCCGCGACUACGCGUGGCAGUGUGCCGAGUGCAAGACUUGCUGCACGUGUCGCCAGCCCGCAGACGACGACAAGAUGCUCUUCUGCGACCUCUGCGACCGUGGCUUCCAUAUCUACUGCGUCGGACUCGACACCGUGCCUAGCGGCCGGUGGCACUGCGUAGAGUGUGCGAUCUGCAAGUCCUGCGGGGCGCGGUCUCCCGGGGGCGCAGGGGGCGGGGGCGCGGGGGGCGCGGCCGCCAGUACCGAGCCCGCUGAGUGGCACCACCAGACGCGGCGCGGGCUCGGCGGACACAAGGUCUACUCGCACUCGCUCUGCACGCCCUGCGCCAGGGCGUAUCGCAUCGGUCGCUACUGCCCGCUCUGCGAGCGCUCCUUCAUCGGCCCGAAGGGGACCAUGCAGCUCGUCAUAUGUAAGCUCUGCGAUAGGCAACUGCAUCAAGAUUGCGUUAGACAGACCGUGUCUAACCUGAACGUGCUGGACUACACGUGCGCGGAGUGCCGGCGGACGGGCAUCACGUCGCGCGCCGCGGCCGUGCGCCUGGCGCCGCGCACCAUCGCCACGCUGUUCAUGGCCAAGCGGCGCUUCAACAAGUACGCGCACCGCCAGUACCUGGCCAGCCGCGCGCGCCAGGCCGAGGAGGCGCGCCUGGAGGCGGGCGAGGACUCGGUGGACGCCGCGGAGCCGCUGCGCGUCGAGCUGCGCGACGACAUGUCGGACGGGUCGGACGCGCCGCCCGACCUGGCCGACACCAGCGACCCGCUCGACGCCACGCCCGACGCCUGAACUCUCCGUGCGCGAGUGAGCGGUGGACUGUAUACAAACUGACCGUGUAAUAUAUAUGUAGCUGUUGUUAGUUCAUAUGUAACUCUUAUUCGCUUCGGUACUACGGUUGUAAGGUAAACUGUUACAUAAAUCUGAUUAAUAUAACGAUUAACCGGUAGGCUAUGUACGUGUAAGUUGUCGGAUAGUGAGGAGAUACUAGGUGUAUUGUCUCUUUGUGUUAUCGCUGCGUUUUAUUUUCGAUACGCUGAGAUGUUUGCGAGUACGAACCCCGGAGGAGCCGGCGCUGAAAUAUUAUGUAUAUUAUUAUAUCCCUAGUGGGAGUUAGACGGUUUGAUUUAACAGAUGAUAAAGAUCAUAAAAGUGGUUAGAUAGAUAGCUGUAGAUCGCAGGACUCUUAACAUUAAAACUGUACAGUAAUUUAAUACUAACUUCACUAUAUGGGUAGCUGGGCAAUCAUACUAUUUUUAAUAUCAUAGAUUUGAGUUAAAGUAUCCUGCAAGACAAAUCAUGUAUCUUAUUGUGUAUUCGUCCACAAUUGGUUAUGUUGAAAGUGAUUAGAUUACGAGAGAUUGUGUAGUUGUGCUGUUAUUACUUUACGACGGAUGGUUUAGUUGCAUUGUGUCGCAUCAUGUUCGUUUAUUUGUGUGAACUCUAUAUUAGAACUGCAGACGGACAUGGUACAUUUUGUCAUUUACGAAUUAGUUCUCAGGAAUACAAAAUAAAAUAAAUGCAUACAAUAGAAAUCUGCCUUUUAAUGCAUUUUUUAAUUUUGUUUCGAAAUUGUUUUUGUUGUCACUGCUGUUUAUGAAUCGGUCCACACACUAUUGAAGACAGUGCGCAUUUUGUUUAUUUUUUAUAUAGUAUAAUUUUUAGAUUAUCGUUAAUUUCGCUUAAUAAGGUAUUUAUUUUAGUUGUACUUUUAUAUGGAUACAGCUGUAUACAAUCUUAUGUCCCAGAUAAUAUUCGCGGAGGAUUGUUACAUGAACGUAGGGAAUUUAUAUAAUUCAACAGGUUCGGAUAGUUAUGAUUGAUUCUGUUUGCCUGUAAUGAAUUUUAUUUAUGAAUCGUUUGGGUAUGAUUAAGAAUAUGUUUCCCCCUAAUACGCACUUUAUGAAAGUUGUUGAUUAAUUACACUAGAUUAUUUUAUAAGAUUUUUAUCGUUUCUGUAGUUUAAUUAUUGUACGAAUCAAAUUCAGCAGCUCUUCUUUCAAAUAACAUUUAUUGUUUUCCUUACUUAAUUUCAAAGUACAAAACAUAGGCUACCUUUAUGUACAUUUACUAGCACUCGUUCUGGAAGGCAAUAUGAACCCAAUAAAUAAAUAAUUAUAGUUUUAUAGAAAGAUCAAAUAAAUUAUUUUAUUCAGAGUAUAGUAUGUUUAUUUUCAAUAUGAGAAAAUUAUUUAUUUAUACCUAUGGAUACAAAGAUAGUAUUAUAGCAGAAUUGGGUGGUAUUUAUUUCCAGGGCGAAUCCGGGAAUGAUUGGUUGGACACUGGGCAGUAGUCCCUGCAGCCUGGUAUUCGUUUUCGGUAUACGUAACAUUCGAUUCAACAACGUGUAUGCAUUUGCUGUACUUACGAUAUAAUCUCUGCGCGCUAUCGUCUUUUUAACCACUGCUGUGUGCAAUUAUCCCCCAUAAUGUUGUGUAUUAUAUCUUGUAUUAGAAUUAUAUUGUGUAAGUGCAGGUGACGACCUUAGUAACUUCAUUGAAUACUGACACUAAUGUAUCAAUGUUUUAGUUUAUAAUUAUGCUUUGGUUAAUAUUAAUCAUAAUUUACUUAUUAGUGAUGACUUUUAAGAUAAAAUUGAUGUCCUCGAAAUCAUGAUAAUAUAAACCUUUUAUACAAUAUACACAACUGAUCCCGGUGUGGCUCACGCCGUAAUUCGCAUUGCUUUAUUGACACAGGUGAAUUUGUAAGACUUACUUGUAAGAGAAUAAUGAUAACUUUAUGUCUACUUAAUGCAAGUGUAAACGUUCUAGAAAUCUCGCACUGUUCGGUCAAUUUUUGUAAAAAAAGAUAAAUAAAUUUUAAUUUGAACUUU